AUGGCAACACUGUAUGUGAACUGGAGUUUAUUUUGGAUACGUUUAGUAAUAUGUGUUAUACAGUUUUAUAAGGUCCUAAGUGAUGGACCCCCAGUAACAAUGGUAUCAGUACCCGACGGCUUCUUUGAAAUGGGGUCACAGUUAUUAGACGACGACAGUCACGCAACUUUAGUGCACACGAUCUUCAUAUCCUCGUUCCUGAUGUCAGAAACCGAAGUAACAAACAAUGCAUAUGUGACUUUUUUGAACGAGGCCAUGACGGCCGAUAACAUUAAAGUCGAAACAAGAGACGGUUCAAGUUCAGAUGAUACCACAGAUGAAGUCGUUGUUGGUAAAUUUGGUGGAUUUAAUCCAAGGAAAGUUUAUAUCGAAUUGUCAGGCACAAACCAAUCAGAAGAGCAUCCAAGUAACCGCUGUUGGAUACAGUAUGAUGCUGAGAAAAGACUUUUCUCGCUACUAAACGAGACAUUAGCUUCAUGGCCAGUAACGUUUGUCACCUGGUAUGGAGCAGAUGCCUUCGCAAAGUUCUACAACUACAGUCUCCCAACUGAAGCAGAAUGGGAAUUUGCAGCAAAAGGAGGAGAUAGAGAACUUCCUUUUGGAUCAAAAAAUGGUGAGCUGAAUCCAGAUGUAAUCAAUUUUGCAGAAUCUAAUUAUGGUCAUCCCAUCAAUGUUAAACACUUUGCAUCCAAUCCAAACAAGUUGUAUCAUAUCAGUGGCAAUGUAUGGGAGUGGGUACUGGACUGGUUCUGUCAAGACUUUUACGCAGCUUCCACAACAAUGAAUCCUUAUCAACACAUUGGGUUUGACAGCAUUAACAUGGAUCCAGAUGUGACUAGUGGAUUCAUAAAAGACACAAAAGUCAUUCGAGGAGGUUCAUGGAAAUCAACUCGGGGUAGUGAUGAGUUAUACACAUCAUACAGAGGAAGACGUUAUCCAGGACAUGCUAGUAGUGUUGUUGGUUUCCGCGUAGUUCAGCGAACGUCACUGCUAAGGACUUCAAGGAGAGCUAUUUCAGAGUACUGUGAACCAAAAGCAGGGAAUUGCGGUAACAUGCAAUCGUUUCAAAUGUUAGUGAAUUUAGUAGCACUGCUCACCUUUAACUUAAUUUGA